CACAAAGGCGGAAUGGUGUCCCGGUAAUCAUACAUAAAUAGUUGGAGUCUUUGGUUGGAGCAAAUAUGGUGUGGAAGUUGGAAGGUGAAGAAAUGUUGAACAAAUCAUUUCGCCUGCCAACUGCAAUCUUAAUAUUGUUAUUAACUCAUCAAAUGAUGCUUCUCCUUCAUUUAGCCAUGGCAGCAAGAGACGAUCCUUUCUCACCAAUGGCCAUGGACGAUAUUCUCGUGAAGUAUCGAACCGACAGGACACUGCCGGCUGGCAGCCGGACGCCGUCAGCCCCACGCACCAACAUUCCUCAUCAUUUUAAGAGCCCGCCUCCAGCACCGCUGCGCACUCCACCACCUCCGCCGCGGUCUCCGCCACUUUCACCGACUCCAAAAUCUCCCCCAUCCUAGAAUUGACAUCUAGAAAGAGUGUUGUAGCUUAAGUGUAAUAAACACAAAAUGUAAUACCACUCUGUCAUAGUAUUUCUCACUUUUCUAUUGUGAUCAGUCUCAAAAUGCUUGUGGGAAUCGUAUUUAUUUUUAAUUAUAUGAAUAUUUAAUAUAGUAUUAACCUAUGAAGUAUGGAAACCCUGUCGAAAGAACGUGCAUCUUCGUUUUGAAACUCGGCGGAAAGUUAUUGAAAACUCUCUAAAUAGUUGUUUUUUGAGAGUAAAUUAGAAAACAAGCGGCACUGCAAAGCUCGACUGCAAACCUUUUUCUUCGUCGGCAAUUUAGAGUUCUUUUUCUCUCAGGUUCAAUGGGAAGACAUAGGAUGGAAGGUGAGAAAGUGAGUAUAGUGCAGACCAUGACUAGAGGUCUUGCUUCAGUCGCAUGAAGUCAUGGUGUCAUGACCAGUAAGAUGACGAACAACAACUUAAGCACGUACGAGGGGCAGCAAGGGAUGGGGAGCGACGAAUUUGGCGAAGAUUAGAGUUCAGCCAGCGAUGAAACGUCAAUCACAGCGGUACUGAUAAUCUGGUCACCUCUUGAACCACCAACAUGGGUUGAACGAGAGUAAAUACAUGAGACCUCAUAGAAAACAAGCGGCAUUGCAAAGCUCGACUACAGAUUAGGGUUGGUGCUGCGAAGCUUUUUCUUCGUCGUCAAUUUAGAGUUUUUAGGGAUUGUUUUCUCUUAGCUUCAGUGGAAAGACAUAGGAUGGAAGGUGAGAAAGUGAGUAUAUUGCAGACCAUGACCAGAGGUCUUGCUUCAGCCGCAUGAAGUCAUGGUGUCGUGACCAGGAAGACGGCGAACAACAACUUAAGCACGUACGAGGGGCAGCGAGGGAUGGUGAGCGAUGAAUUUGGCGAAGGUUAGAGUUCAGCCAUUGAUGAAACGUCAAUCACAUCGAUACUGAUAAUCUGGUCACCUCUUGAACCACCGACAUGGGUUGAACGAGGUACUCGGGUUCGAUAAAUUUAUCAUGUUGUUAAAAUCUAUGUUGCUAAAGUCUGGUUAGGUAUGUCGUAUGUCACGAUGAUUGAAAAUUUAACUUAUUUUUAUGUCGUUAGAAGUAUACAGAUCUAUAUGACCAGUGAUAGUUGUGUCAAACUCGUUUUGUGGUUAGCGAUUUGUAUUGUUCUUUCAUGAUGACUAUUUCUAUAUGUCUUAUCGUAAGGUUUACAUUUGUAGUUGGUGUAGGUUUGUUGAUGUCUAAUAUGAUUUUUCUCUAAUGAUGUAACAUUUCGGAAGCGACAAUUUCCUUUCAAAAAAAGUUCUUUAUUGCGGA